CGUUUGGCCACUGUUCGCGGCGCGCUGGAACCCACGGUUCCGAAUACAAACGGUCGGCGCGAGAGGCGCCCCGGGGCGCGGGCGCUGGGGCUCUGGGGCUGAACGCCGGGUUCCCGCCACUUUCUCGGGUUACAUAUGCUCCCCUCUCCUUUCUGUGUUGGCCCGGUCGCCUCGGGAACCCUUCACUUGGCUUGGCGGCGGCUGGCGGAGCCGGAGCCUGCGGACAGGCGGUGCUCUGGCUCGGGCAGAGGUCGCCUGAAUGCGGUACUCACCGAGGUCCCUGAGUUGUAGGCGGAUGAUCAUCAGGUCUACUGCUUCAUCCUUUCAAAUCUAGGGAUGAAAAGUUGUAAGAUUAUUUGAGAGUUGGAGCUGAAUCUAAUUUUUAAUAAUGGCAACAGGUGACUUAAAAAGAAGCUUGCGGAAGCUAGAACAAGUGCUUCGUUUGCUAAAUUACCCUAAUGAGGUGGAUUAUGUUGGUUUGAUGAAGGGGGACACAGCAGCGUCUUUGCCUAUCAUCAGCUAUUCUCUUACCUCAUACUCCCCUUAUAUAUCAGAACUUCUGAUGGAGUCCAAUGUAGACCUCAUAUCAAAGAAUGAUGUGCGCUUCACAGAUACCGUCUAUAAGCUUCUUCGUGAUCAAUUUGAUUAUAAACCAAUUUUGACAAAAAAGCAAUUUAUACAGUCUGGAUUUGCUGAAUGGAAAAUCCAAAUUGUCUGUGAUAUAUUGAAUUGUGUGAUGAAAAAGCACAAGGAAUUGACUGGCUCUGACAAGACUUCGUCAUGCCCGAGAAAGAAAAGCAUCCCGGAAAGGCCCGAGCCUUGUUCAAGCAGUGAGAACACCACCCCUGGAGAGGCUGUGGGCAUUGACAUCACUGGCAGGUUUAUGACUUCAGGAAAGUAUUUCUUCAUGCUUGUCUCCGUGCAGAAGAAAGCUGUGGUGAUCCGUCAUCUGUACACAGAAGAUAACAUUGACCUUCCCGAACGGACAGUGAGUUCAACAGAAGUGAGUGAAGGGUGUGAUGAAUCAGAAGAGAUGACUUCUCAAAUCAUGAUUCAUGACGAACAGGCCUCUGAAGUCAAGGCUCAGCUGAAAGAUCUUUGUGACAACCCUGAGCUCACUGCACUUCACAUAGCUCUUGCUGAAUGCCAGGACAAGCUUAAGAGGCUGACUUGUGUAGAGAAAAGGCUCCAGUAUUUGGAAGCUGCAACAAAAGGGAAGGUGAUGGUCGAUGAGAAGGCCUGGAAUAAUCUCCUAAGUCGAGUCACUCUUCUUGAAACAGAGAUGCUUUUGUCUAAAAAGAAUGAAUGCGUAGAGCUUAAUGCAGCAAGUGAAGACAAUGACUCUGAUAGUGUCGUGGAUGCCAUGCCCACUGAUAAAAAAUACAGUGUGGGGGCACCAGCCAGAACGUAUCGGUCAUCUGGCUACAGUAGUACACUGUCACCAGAGUCGACGCCCAGAGGCUCCACUGUUAAUUAUUGUGGCUUGAAAGAUUUUUCAGAGGAAACAACACUUCAGAAAAUGGAAAGGAUGAAAAAAAUGUUUGAAGAGACUGCAGAGCUACUGAAAUGCUCGAGUCACUAACUGUACAGUUUUUCUGCGUGAGCAUCUCUAGGACUUUGCUACUUAUAAUGCUAUGUUGAAGAAUUCCUUGUACACUUUUAAUAUACUGUAAUAUAUUAUUAAGAAUUUGAAUUCUAUUUGGUGUGUGUUUUUCAUUCCUAAAUAAAUACUUUUAAUAUUA